AUGGUCAACCGUUACAUCUUCGCCGUUGCCGGCCUGGCCGCUCAGCUCAACGCUCUGCCCUUGAACAUCAACUUGGGCGCUUAUUCACCUGCCUUGGUGGUGGGUGAUGGUGAAAUUUCAUUUGGCGGUAAAAACGACGUCUCCCAGUUGAUGAGCGUACUGGAGGGCGCCGCAGUUAAUGCUGCUCAAGGUGCUGCGAAUGCUCCGGCCGCCGCCCCUGCCGCCCCUGCUGCCCCGGCUACGCCUCAACAGCCUCAGAAGCCGCCUCAGCAGGCCGCUGCUUCAGUCGGCGGUGCUACACCGGUGACCGCUUCGUCCUCGAACAACCAGAUCAACGAGGCCCAGGCCAUCGCAGCCCUCCAAGGGAUGGGCAAGGAGAUCGCUCCUCGUGUACAACUUACCAAGGCUCGUCCCGCCCAGAAGCGAGAUCUCUCCGGUUUCGACCGCGCCCUGAAGUUCGCUGAGGUCGCCCUCACAAAGGGACCCACGGUGAGCCUUGGCACUGGCAAGGAGGGCUCUGGUGUCGGCAUAACCAUCGUCAACAACCCACAAGCCGCCCGCCCUGGAACUGGAGGCACCGCUCCCGCCGCUCCCGCCGCUCCCGCCACACCUGCUGCGCCGCGCCCUGCCGGCGCCAUUGUUGCUCAGCAGAAGGUCAAGGCCCGCUCCGAUGAGACCCAGCAGCCCCCUCGCCGCCGUGCCAAGGUCACCACCAUGUACGUCCGUUCUGGCGUUCCUGCUGGUGUCGAGAUGACCCCUGAGAAGCUCGUCGCCCGCGACCCCUCCACCCCCGGUGCCCAAGUCCUCCCCGCCACCAGCAACGACGUCAUUAAGCGCGCACAAGAGGAGCUCAACGCAAGAGGCGUCAGCGGCGGUGCCAUUGACACCGUCAACCUGAACGUCAGCGGCGAGGGCGUCACUAUGACCUUUGUCGAGACUCAGGCCGACGAUGUGGAGGACGAGCAGUAA